CCCGACCACCGGGAUUCUGUCGAGCAGACAUAAAUACUCCAGAGUGCGACAGCUUAUAGAUCAAGCAACAAGCUCAACCCUUCCGCAAAGCACAUCAUCAUCUUCUUCCGACUUUUGGUCAUCAUCUUCUUCAGUGACCCCCUUUUCCAGCAUGACCCGCCCCCAGAACGUCGGCAUCAAAGCCAUCGAGAUCUACUUUCCCAACCGCUACGUCCCCCAGCCCGACCUGGAGAAAUACAUGCACGUCAGCGCCGGCAAGCACACGAUCGGCCUGGGCCAAACGAACAUGAGCUUCUGCGAUGACCGCGAGGACAUCAACAGCCUAGCCCUAACCGCGCUCUCCGCCCUGCUCCACAAGAACGCCAUCCCGCCAACCUCCAUCGGAUACCUCGGCGUGGGCACGGAAUCCCUCCUCGACCGCUCCAAAUCCACCAAGACGGUGCUCAUGCAGCUCUUCACGCCGGAAUACCCCGACGUCGAGGGCGUGGACUCCUACAACGCCUGCUACGGCGGCACCGCCGCGCUGCUGGCGGCCGUCGCGUGGAUCGAGUCCUCGGCGUGGGACGGCCGCGACGCCGUGGUCGUGUGCGGCGACAUCGCCGCGUAUGCGCGGGAGGAUGCGGCGGCCCGGCCCACGGGCGGCGCGGGGUGUGUGGCCAUGCUUGUCGGGGCGGACGCGCCGGUGGUGGUGGAGGCGGGGGUGCCGCGGGCGUCGUACAUGCGGCACGCGUGGGACUUCUUCAAGGCGGAUUUUGGGAGGGAGGCUGCUUUUGUGGACGGGGCGGGGUCCGGGAGGUGUUAUCUCGAGGCGGUGGAUGGGUGUUAUCGGGGUUGGGUGGAGAAGAUGCUUGCGUUGGAGGAGGAACAGACGAAGGAGGAUGAGGGAGGGCGGGCGAGGGGGCCGGUGGGCGUUGGCAUCGACGCCUUCGAUUACUUCCUCUUCCACGCGCCCAACUGCAAGCUCGUCGCCAAGGCGUAUGCCCGGCUGCUGUGGAAUGAUCUGCUGCGCACUGGGGGAGUUCCGGAGGAGCUGCGGCCGCGCGGGGCGGGUCUGGAUGAUGAGAGUACCCUGGGCGAUAAGGGGCUCGAGAAGCAGUUGAUGGCGCUGGCGCAGUCGCGCUUCGAGGAGAGGGUGCGGCCCGGCCUGCUGGUCCCGGCCCAGUGCGGGAAUAUGUACACCGCUAGUCUGUACUCCGGGCUCGUGGGCUUGCUGGCCUCCGUGCCGAGUGAGCGGCUCCAGUGGAAGAGGAUCGGCAUGUUCAGUUAUGGGAGCGGGCUGGCGAGUACCCUCUUCACGCUGGUGGUGCGCGGCGAUACGAGGGUCAUGGCGGAGAGGCUGGAUCUGCACAGGCGGUUGGCGGCCCGAAUGCCCGCUGCGCCGGAGGUGUGGGAUGAGAUGUGUCGGUUGAGGGAGGAGGCGUUUCAGCGGAGGGAGUAUGUGCCUCGUGGGGAUGUGGGGGUUUUGCUGCCGGGGACGUAUUACUUGGAGUAUGUGGAUGAGAUGUUGCGGAGGAGGUAUGCGGUCAAGGCUUAGGUGGGUUUCUCGGGGGAUGUGUGUCCAUAUGAAUGGGAGUGCUGUUCGAAAUGAGGUUAAGGUGAUUAGGUUCAUGAAUGGAAGGGGAGUUGAGCUUUGCGGGAUUGUCGGAUGGCGAGACUUCUCUACUUAGGGCACGCUGUAUCUUGUGAACGUUGCGGGACAGGAUGUUGCAGGCUGUUUCACAAAGUCUAACCAACCCCAGACUGGCGGACAGGAUUACCCAUGAAUGAAGACACCGGACAUUGCGGUUAUGAUUGG